AUGCUGCGUCACUUCUCCCUCCGCACACGUCUCUCCUCCAUUAUUGCCGGCGCCGGUGCUGUGAGUUAUCGACGUUUUGUGGUCGGGGACGGCCGUAAAGGCGUGCAGCCGGCGGUCCAUCUCGACUGGACGGAUAUUGUCGGGCACGACACCGCCAUUGUGAGCCGACUGGCCGCCGGUGAGUUGUUGGCGAUGAUGGAUUUGUGUGCAAAGCGGGUGGCAGAUGUGUUUUUAACAAGAGCCAAUCUGAAGAUUAGCACAAGUACGGUGGGAGUUACAAAUACAAUGUUUUCUUCUCCCGUUCUUCAUGGGGAUUCUGUGCGAAUGCAUGGACGACUGGUCUUCUGUGGUACCAGUUCGUUGGGAAUUCACAUUCGUUUCUUUCGUCGUUCGCCAGCCACACUUCAGGACUCACCCGCAGGAGAGAGUUUUUUCACAAUGGUUGCCAUUGAUAAAGAUUUACAUGCCCUUAAAGUAGUUCCCGCAGUAGAACUAACAAGUGAAGAAGAUAUUGAGCUCUAUAAACGUUACGCAAAUAUACGAGAUGUAGUUAAGAAAAGGGAAGAAGAAGCCCGUAUUAGGGCUGAAAAGUCGGUUACCGUUGAGGAUGUGGAAUGUAGUAUUAAUAAGAAGAAACUAUCUCAUGUACCUAUUUCUUCUAGCUGUACUUCUGCCCAUCGUAUUUUCCUUCUUUACCAUUUAAAUAAUAAUCGAACUAUAUUUGGUGGUGAAUUAAUGCGUUGGAUGGAAAAACAUGCUGUCCACUGCGCUCGUAUGUUUACAGGUAAUCGUCAUGUAUAUACUGUGGUUAUGCACAGUGUGGCGUUUCAUCAACCAGUGUUUGGAACGGACUGGGUAGUCCUGCAGGCGGAUGUCAUUUAUGUUCGAAAUACUACUAUGGAAGUGGAUGUAAAGUUAAGUGUAGAACGUAAUGGUCAAGUUGUAUUAACCAAUCGUGCAUCUUUUCUAUUGAUUAAUACAGAUGAAAUAGGACAAAAAGUUAUUAUUCCUAAAGGAUUAGACUUGAAAAGUGCCUCACAGGAUGAAUUAUUGCGUUUUGCUGAGGCGAAAGCACGAUAUGAAGAUCGCUUAAAGUUCAAAUGA